AACAAGUUGUAACAAAACCGGAAGUUGGCUAGGCUGUCUUGCUUCUCGUGGUAAGUUUCUCCUUAUGUCUGGAGAUGGCAGCUCCUGGAUUUACCGUUGGUGCCUUCAUACUUCUGUUGCACAUCAACUCUGUAGCUAAUUAUCCCAAUGGAAAAGUACCAAAUUCGUGUGGUGGAAUGGUUCCUAACCAUGGUCAUACUCCAUGCACUGAUCCUAAGCACAACGUUUCAGUGAGCCAGAUGACAUUCACAUCAGGAGAUCAGGUCAAAGUUACUUUGUCAGGUCCAGAAUUUAGAGGCUUUCUCUUAGAAGCACGUGAUGCUGAGGCCCUGAGUGGCCCUCCUGUUGGCUCCUUCACAUUGAUCGAUAGUCAAGAGUCACAGAUUCUGACCUGUGAAGAUGUACAGGGAUUUGCUGUGAGUCACACAAGUCGAUACAAAAAAGCAGAAGUUCAAGUCUACUGGAAUGCUCCAAACAAUGCCCCGAAUCACAUACAGUUUCUAGUCACGGUUGUUGAGAACUAUAAAACCUACUGGGUGAAGAUUCCUAGUCCUGUGAUUUCACAACCAAAUGCACCUCCUUUUAUAACACCUGAAGCUACAGCAGCACCUUUGCCAACAUUACCUUCAGUCUCCCAUUUAACCAAAUCGUUCAGUGCUUCAGAUUGUGGGAACAAGAAGUUCUGUGUUCGGAGUCCUUUGAACUGUGACCCAGAGAAGGAGCAUGCCUGUGUCUUCCUGUCCUUUACACGAGAGGACCAAUCCGUGAUGGUGGAGAUGAGUGGCCCCAGUAAAGGCUAUUUAUCCUUUGCGUUUUCUCAUGACCGAUGGAUGGGCAAUGAUGAUGCUUAUAUGUGUAUUCAUGAAGGUCAGACUGUGCACAUACAACCUUCCCACUUGACGGGGCGAAGUCACCCUGUGAUGGACUCCAGGGAUACUCUUGAGGAUAUGGCUUGGAGGCUGGAGGAUGGUGUUAUGCAGUGUUCUUUCAGAAGAAACAUUACCCUUCCUGGGGUUAAGAAUAGAUUUGAUCUAAACACAAGCUACUACAUGUUUCUAGCAGAUGGUGCAGCUGAUGACGGUCGAAUUUAUAAGCAUUCCCAGCAACCUUUGAUUACAUAUGAAAAACAUGAUGUGACAGACCAUCCAAAGAACGUAGGAGGAUCCCGUUCUUUCUUCCUUCUGAAGGCUCAUGGUGCCUUAAUGUUUGUGGCAUGGAUGACUACUGUUAGCAUAGGUGUAAUCAUUGCCCGGUUCUUCAAACCUGUUUGGUCAAAGACUCUCUUUGGUGAAUCAACUUGGUUUCAGGUGCAUCGAAUGCUCAUGCUCACUACUUCUGUUCUCACUGGCAUUGCUUUUAUCCUGCCUUUCAUUUACAGAGGAGGCUGGAGUCGGGUAAGUAUAUCUCCAACAGGAUUUUUUGUAUACAUUCAUUUUGAUGUCAAAGGAGAUUGCUGUUUUAUUUAUAUAUUUUGUCUUAUAAACAUAGUAGCAGCAAUGUUCCUGGGAAUGGAUUUACCAGGAUUGAAUCUUCCUAGCUCAUGGAAAACUUACGCAAUGACUGGGUUCCUAGCAUGGCAUGUUGGGACUGAAAUUAUUCUGGAGAUACAUGCUUACCGACUCUCUCGCAAAGUUGAAAUAUUGGAUGAUGCUAGAAUUCAGAUCUUUGAGUCAUUUACUGUAGAUGAAGCAGAAGGUCAUGUUUUUAAGAAGGCAGUGUUAGCAAUUUAUGUCUGUGGGAAUGUGACUUUUCUCAUCAUAUUCUUAUCUGCAAUCAACCACUUAUGAGCAAGCAAAGACCUUACUGUUGCAGACCAGGUAAUAAUUAUCAUCAAGCCAAAGAAACUUGAAGCCUAGACUGACUGCCUGGAGCAUAUUCAUGAAUUCUAUUUUGGUAGACCCGGUCAUGUCUAUGAAGGAAUUCGGAAGUCUGGUCUCUAGAGAUCAAUAUUCAACAGGGUGCUAUGGACUAUAAAGUGAUGUCAAGCCUGUAGGUGUAAUUCUGAGCCUUACAGGGAAGGUAGUACUUACUGGAGGAGAAGUGACUCAAAUAUUUCUAUGUGGAGAUUUUUAAGAAUGUUAGCAUAUAAGAAGGUAAACAACUAUUUGGAAAAUAAAGGAUGUCAUUAGGAUUAAAAAGAGAUUAAAACAAAUAUAUUGGACUAUAAAGGUGCUGUGGUACUUUAAAGAAAACAUUUAUUUUUACUUGUUUAUCUUAAUGGUCUGUCUUAGGACUUUUUGAGAGACUAUGUUUUUUAGUCCAAUUUUUGGGACAUGUCCCUUGCUCUAUGUAUUUUGUUACUCCUCUGGUAAAGGUAGAAAUGGGGCUGACCCUAUGGUAGGUUUCGUUAACAUUUAAAUGUAUUAUGAAUAUUAUAAUUUCUAUGAAAUGCAAGCGUGCAUCUUUUACUUUAAAACUGUCUUUAUAUAUUCAGCAGCAGAGCUGGAAUGGCGUUUUAUGUGUUAAUUGUUUUGACAAUUAGAUUUAAGUCCUAUAGCCUUUGGAGAUUCUAGACUUGCAUUUCAAAAUUAAUAAAACUCACCCUUGUGAACCUAA